UUUCCGCCGGAGAUAGUUCUGUUGAGAGUGGCGGGUGCUCGCACGCGUGAACACUUUUUUGAUAAAAUAUAGUUUAAUUUUUAUUUUUUUGGAAAAUUUUCUGAUCCCGAAUUUGACCAGUCAUAUAAAGUAAAAUACUUUUUCUGAAUUUUUUUCAGAGAAAAUUGAGAGCAAAUGCUAGCUGAGGAAGGAGAGUAGGGAGGAGCACUCGAAUCAGCCGUCGUCGUCCGCCUCUGUGUCCACUUUCUCCGGAAACGAUGACUAGCUCCUCCUCCACUUCACGCAAGGCUUUAAGCAAGAUCGCCUGCAAUCGUCUGCAGAAAGAGCUGGUGGAGUGGCAGGUGAAUGCUCCGGCAGGUUUUAGUCACAAAGUCACUGAUAAUCUUCAGAGAUGGGUAAUCGAAGUCACCGGAGCUCCGGGAACUCUAUACGCUAACGAAUUGUAUCAGCUCCAAGUUGAUUUCCCCGAGCAUUACCCCAUGGAAGCACCACAGGUGAUUUUUGUCUCUCCGGCUCCUCUGCAUCCCCACAUUUAUAGCAAUGGCCAUAUUUGUUUAGACAUUCUAUAUGAUUCAUGGUCCCCAGCCAUGACGGUUAGUUCAAUCUGUAUCAGCAUUCUGUCCAUGUUAUCGAGUUCCACGGAGAAGCAACGCCCGGCGGAUAACGAUCGAUACGUGAAGAACUGCAGGAACGGCAGAUCUCCCAAGGAGACGAGAUGGUGGUUCCAUGAUGACAAAGUGUAAUAUAAUGACCUAACAAAUGUUUAUUAACUAUUUAUAAAAGAAAAAAAGGGGGUUUGAUUUGGAGUACUAUUUAAUCAAUGUUGUUAUUGGAGUACUAUAAACUCAUGCUUAUAACCUACUCAAUUUCAAUACAAAUUAUUAUUUAAUGUA